AUGGCACUCUACAUUACCACGCUGCCAUGGGUCUCGAAUGUUGCCGCUCAGCAUACUCUCCGCUACACCCAGGUAGCCUACCCGAUCGCCCUCCUCAUCCUCUACCUGCUCGCCUUCACAGCCCGCAGUAUUACCACAUCCCGGAAGGACGAAGACGAUGUUCCACAACAGCCCGAACAGUUCGGCCCAGGAGGCAAGCCGCUACCUAAGAAGCACAACAAUGGAGGACCGAAAGAGCCAGACAUACCCGCAGACCUUGACUUCAGUAGGCCAAGGAAACUGCUGUUCCAAUGGCUGUCUGUGGCCGUCAUAGCUACCUUCAUAGCGAACAUUGUAGUCACCAUAGUCCACGCUCUCGUGGCACGCAACGACGGAUGGUGGUGCGGCGAAGCACCUACGGUCUACUUGGUUGGUUCUUUCAUGGUGUACGCGCUACUGCUCAUCCACAUGGUAGAUUCUCAUCCCUCACCAACGGUUGCUCACUUUGUGACGUGGCUGGUGGCAGCACUGCUCGAGGUCGUUCUGCUUGGAGCUUCCUUCGCUCUGUAUACGUCCGAUCAUCGCGAGCCCAGCGUCGGUAAGCCAAAGCAUGGUCAACAGCGCGGUGGAGAGCUGCGCAGGGAUAUGACCGAGUGGGAGAUCACAGAGGUGACGAUCGACAUUGUUCGCUUCUUCCUCUUGGCAGCUCUACUCUGCUUCUUCACCUUGUUCGUCUACCUGCAGCGACCGAAGAAGAAGAUCGAGGAAGCUCACCGCCAUGACGAAACUGAUGCGCUGCUGUCAAACGGCCACGCCACCGAAAAUGGAGUUGCCACGGGACCGUCGCAGGGCUAUGGAGCUGUUGCGCAGAACGGGAAGCCGCACGGACCUGCGCAUGGACACCACGAGGCAGCGCCUGCCGGCUGGGAGAAGCCAAAGCAAGUGCCAACACGGAGCUGGUGGGAAUACAUCCGCGCCUAUGCCAUCUUCGUGCCAUACAUUUGGCCAUACAAGGACCGCAAACUGCAGAUCAACUUCAUCAUCUGCUUCUUGAUUGUCUUCGUGCAGCGAGGCAUUCAGCUUCUCGUACCAUUGCAAGCGGGUCACAUCACUGACUUCCUGGCGGGCGAGGACAAGGGUAAUGUCAACCACCAACCAUUCAUGCCGUGGGCGGCGAUAAGCCUCUACAUCGUCUAUCGCCUGUUUCAAGGCUCGAAUGGUCUCCUCGGCGCAGCACGGCAGAUACUCUGGAUACCCAUCGAACAAUACUCAUACCGCGAGCUGUCUGUGGCAGCGUUUGAACAUGUCCACAUGCUCAGCUUGGAAUUCCACCUGGGUAAGAAGACAGGCGAAGUAUUAUCGGCACUUGGUAAAGGCGCCUCCUUGAACACGUUCCUGGAGUCCGUCACGUUUAAUGUGCUGCCAAUGCUCAUUGAUCUCGGCGUCGCCCUUGUCUACUUUCUGGUCCGAUUCGAUGCCUACUACGCGCUUGUCAUCGCUGUCGUGGCCUUCUGGUACAUCUACAUUACCAUCCGCAUGGCGUCCUGGCGAGCCGAAAUCAGGCGUCAAGCCACCAACGCGAGCAGAGAAGAAGACGCUGUCAAAAACGACUCGAUGAUGUCGUACGAGACUGUCAAGUAUUUCAAUGCUGAAGCAUACGAGUUCAAUCGCUAUCGCGAAGCAGUGCAGAAGUUCCAGAAGGCCGAGUACCUGGUCACACUCUCGCUGGCACUCAUGAACACCAUCCAGAAUCUGGUCUUCAUGCUUGGCCUGAUCGUGACCUGCUUCAUCGCGGCAUACCAGGUCGUCACGAGGUUGCGCACGGCGGGAGACUUUGUGACCAUGCUCACAUACAUGACUCAACUGCAAGGCCCGCUCAAUUUCUUCGGCACGUUCUAUCGCAUGAUACAGAACAACAUGAUCAACUCAGAGCGCAUGCUCGAGCUCUUCAAGGAAAAGCCGACUGUUGUUGACAGACCUGACGUUGGCGACAUGCCAUCUUGCGAGGGCGAGAUUCGGUACAACGACGUUCACUUCUCCUACGAUCACCGCAAGCCUGCCCUCAAAGGCCUCAGCUUUACCUGCGCCCCCGGAACAAGCACAGCGCUUGUCGGAGAGUCUGGUGGCGGUAAGUCCACAGUCUUCAGGUUGCUCUUCCGCUUCUACAACGCACAAUCUGGCACCAUCCAGGUUGACGGUAACGACGUGCAAGAUGUCAGCAUCGACAGCGUCAGGAGGCACAUCGGUGUCGUGCCACAAGAUACUGUGCUCUUUAACGAGAGCCUAAUGUAUAAUCUCAAGUACUCGAGGCAGUCUGCGACGGACGAAGAAGUUUACGAAGCGUGCAAAGCUGCGAGCAUACACGACAAGAUCAUGAGCUUCCCGGAUGGAUACGAAACGAAAGUCGGUGAGAGAGGUCUACGCCUGUCCGGCGGAGAGAAGCAGCGUGUCGCAAUCGCGCGAACCAUCAUCAAGGACCCGCGCAUCAUUCUUCUUGACGAAGCCACAGCAGCGCUCGAUACCGAGACGGAGGAACAUAUUCAGGAAGCCCUUCAGACUUUGUCGAAAGGCCGGACGAUGCUGGUGAUUGCUCACCGGUUGAGUACCAUCACCAUGUGUGAUCAGAUUCUGGUCUUACACGAAGGUAAAGUUGCGGAGAAAGGCUCGCACCUUGAACUACUGGCAAAGAGAGGUCGGUAUGCUGGCAUGUGGAAGAAACAGGUCCGCGCGCAACGCGCGGCGGAAGAAGCCAAAGUCUUGAAGGACAAGGCCGACAGGCUCCGGAGGGAGAGCAUGGACAGCAGCGCUCGAGGACGCAACAUCGACGAAGAGAGUCCGCCCAGCAGCGACGAGGACGAACGGCAGAAGAAAGGACAGUCCGAGCUGCAAUCGGCACUUUCCCUAUCACCAAGGGCUGCAGUACCGCACGCAGAGAUAGCUUCGGUCCUCAAAAGCGAUAGCGGCACGGAUAAUAAUGCACAGCGGGAGGCUCUGCGAAGCGGGACGGUUCGUUCGCCAUCGCCCGUGGUGGAGGAGGGUCAGCAGGCAAAGCAGCAACCAAAACCCUCGUAG